AUGGCCGACGCCACUCCCCCGGCCCGCGCCCGCAUAGCCUGUAAGGCCUGCAAUGCCAGACGUGUGAAAUGUGAUGCAGCCAUCGAACGACCGUGUUGGCACUGCCGCACGCGCGGCACCCCUUGCGAGCUGAUAAAAUCGCGUCGAGGCAGAUAUGUGCGGACCACGCCCCGCCGAUCUCGGAGGCUCCCCAUUGAUAAUAGAGACACCUCCGACACCCCCGACGCCCCCUUGUCGGCUGAAUCUCACCGAGAAGCUGCUAUCGAUCGUACCUUGCAGACAACAAGCUCCUCUGGCUCCUCCGACCUCACCUAUAUCAUCGAGGUCAACUCUACCCCGAGGCAUGGUUCCACCCACCCAUCCAAAGUCCACUAUCCCAUUCCACCCUCGAUCGCCCAGGCCCUCUCACAUAGCCCCAGGGCCGAAGAUCCAGUUUCUCUGCGAGAUGCUCUCCUCCUCCCGCCCUCGCCUUUUUGCCGCCUGUACGCCCAAGGUCAGCCCUCUCCGCUCCUCUUGCAGGCUAUUUUUCUUCUGGGCUUCACGGUAGGAGACGAAAGUCUUGUCCAUGCUGCGGGAUACAGUGACCGAGUCGUGGCCAGGAGAACACACUACCUCCGCGCAAAGGCCUUGUAUAAUGCAGACUACGAAACCUGCAGUGUCACCACCGUAGCAGCUCUACUACUUCUGGGAUUCUAUUGGUCGGGGCCCGAGGAUCAAAAGGAUACGUGUUACUGGAUUGGAUGCGCAAUCCACGUAGCACAAGCGUUGGGGAUGCAUCGGUCGUAUGUUUCUGGAGUGCGCUGCUUGCGGAAGCGUAUUUGGUGGUCGGUCUAUGCUCGCGAUCGACAUACGGCUGCGGCCUUUGGUCAACCGUGUCGUAUUCGAGAUGAAGACUGCGACAUCGAACCUCUUACGCAAGCAGAUUUCGACUUUGAUGACGACUAUGACCACUCUUUAAUUCCAAAGCAGGAAGACUACCAUGUUUUGUAUGUCAUGGAGAUGUCGAAGCUGGCUUCAGUCCUCGGAGACAUUCUUGUGGCGGAGUUCAGUCCUAGGCGUCCGGCGCUGGAGAAACACGAAACAGACGCGUUAGCACAUCGACUCGCGCAAUGGGAAUCAUACUUGCCUGAGCGACUGCGGCGAAUACCGCCUGAUUAUGGAUUCGGUGCGUCGUUUUGGGCCAACAUGCUACACUUGUCAUAUCAAAAUUAUUACAUUCUCCUCUUUCGGCCCAAAGCAAUAAAUCACCUGUCUUCUGCAGAUGUGGAGAGAGACACUCGUGCGUGUACGGCUGCCGACGCAAUCACCCGUAUUGCAGAGGAUCUUUUGGCUGUGGGGACCAUCCAAUUUACUCAAAUUCAUUUUGUGCCAGCAUUGUUUGGUGCCCUUUCAGUGCAUACCUUUAACAUCUGUCGAAAAGAUCCCAUUUGCCAGAGGCUGGCUGAGAACAAGUCACGCCAGUGCCUUCUCGCUCUCAGCGAACUUUCCAGAUCGUGGCCAGUUCGGAUCUGGUUUGCAAAGGCUUUUCUGAACCUGUUGAGACGACUGACAGGACAGGGAUCGCGACAAGGCGGGUCGAUUGUGAACGUCUCGUCAACCAUUGCGGGUCAUUCUAGUCUGGCACCAUCUGCGUCCGUCGACUCGACUGAACCACACACUCUGAUCAACAUAAAUCCUCCUACGGCAUCUUGUCUACCAAGCAACGCCAUUUCCUCCGAGCUGGACAACACUGAGCUUAGUCACCAGCCCGGCCAUGACCACGAAGCACUCUUGGCGGAUAAUCAGCCUCCGAGCAAUUUCUCCCAAGCGACCGAGCAGGUCCUCUAUGAUACCUUUUUAGCUGGCUAUAUCGACCAAACCUUCAAUUCCGAUCUAUUGGUGCUUAAUAGUCUAGGCUCAUCGCUACCGUUCUUUCCUGGGGGUUUGCCUGAGACCGAGGAAUAA